AUGAUAACUAAAUACUUCAGUAAGGUGGUUGUCAGGUUCAAUCCCUUUGGCAAGGAAGCGAAGGUUGCUAGAUUAUUACUUGCUGCCAUUCCGCCAACACAACGAAACAUGGGCACGCAGAUUCAAUCGGAAAUCAUCUCAGAUUACAAUAAGGUCAAGCCCCUUGUGAAAGUAACCUACAAGGAUAAGAAAGAAAUGGAAGUCGACCCAUCAAGCAUGAACUUCCAGGAGUUAGCCAACCAUUUCGACCGCCACUCAAAACAGCUGGGCCUGAAGCAUAUGUUGGAAAUGCACUGA